CCGGGGUCUCGGAUUGGUCCAGCGGCCGGGACAACACCUGCUCGACUCCUUCAUUCAAGUGACACCAGAGCUUCCAGAGAUAUUUGAGGCACCAUCCCUGCCAUUGCCGGGCACUCGCGGCGCUGCUAACGGCCUGGUCACAUGCUCUCCGGAGAGCUACGGGAGGGCGCUGGGUAACCUCUACCGGAGCCGCGGCCGCGAGGCGGAGGGAAAAGGCGAGCUAGGAGGAAGAGUGGGAGGAGAGGGGAGGAGGAGGGGAGCACAAAGAAUCCAGGUCUCCGGGGCGGGAGGUUUGCAGCUAGAACCAUGUGUGCCGAGCGGCUGGGCCAGGUCGUCACCCUGGCUUUGGUGUUGGCCACCUUCGACCCGGCACGGGGGACCGACGCCACCAACCCGCCCGAGGGACCCCAAGAGAGGGGCUCCCAGCAGAAAGGCCGCCUGUCCCUGCAAAACACAGCGGAAAUCCAGCACUGUUUGGUCAACGCUGGCGAUGUGGGGUGUGGCGUGUUUGAAUGUUUCGAGAACAACUCUUGUGAGAUUCGGGGCUUACAUGGAAUUUGCAUGACUUUUCUGCACAACGCUGGAAAAUUUGAUGCCCAGGGCAAGUCAUUCAUCAAAGACGCCUUGAAGUGCAAGGCCCAUGCUCUGCGCCACAGAUUCGGCUGCAUUAGCCGGAAGUGCCCGGCCAUUAAGGAAAUGGUGUUCCAGCUACAGAGGGAAUGCUACCUCAAACAUGACUUGUGCUCCGCCGCCCAGGAGAACACACGAGUGAUGGUGGAGAUGAUUCACUUCAAGGACUUACUGCUGCAGGAACCCUACGUGGACCUGGUGAAUCUGUUGCUGACCUGCGGAGAAGACGUGAAGGAGGCCAUCACACACAGCGUUCAGGCACAGUGUGAACAGAACUGGGGAAGCCUGUGCUCCAUCUUGAGCUUCUGUACCUCAGCCAUGCAGAGGCCCCCCACGGCACCCCCCGAACGCCAGCUCCCAGGGGACAGAGCCAAGCUCUCCAGACUCCAUCACAGGGAAGCAGGUCAUCACCUCCCAGAGUCCAGCAGUCGGGAGAUCAGCCGAGGUGCCAAGGGCGAGCGAGGGAGCAAGAGUCACCCAAAUGCCCAUGUGCACUCCCGGGGCAGAGCUGCUGGCCAUCGGGCCCAGGGAACUUCUGGAAGCAGUGAGUGGGAGGAUGAACAGUCUGAAUAUUCUGAUAUCCGGAGGUGAAACCAAAGGCCUGGCCAGGAAAUCUUUCCUCCAUGCCAUCCAUUUUCUUCUCUAUGGACAUUCCAAAACAUUUGCCAUUUAAGAGGGGGGAUGUCACACGCAGGAUUUGGUGGGGAUUGCGGACUUGAUGAAGGUGUAUGUUAGCAGUAUGAAUAGGGGAGGCGGAGGCUCCCUUGGCAGCGGGCGAAAUCUUGGUUGUGCCCGGCGGGUCCGCGUUUGUACCUGCCCAGGUGAGUGCGCCACGUGUCCUCCUCGAAACUUUGUCUUCUUUCCAUCCGUGGGGCUGCUGGGCUGCGGUCUGCGGUUUACUCUGCUGUGGAAGAGGUAGACGGGAGGGGCAAGGGUAAGCAGGCCCACCCACCCAGACCACGCACUUGGUGCUGGGCCCUGCCCCCCGAAGCUUCCAGGGCUGUCUUGGAGCAGGGCAGCUGGACCGCAUCCAGCUGGUUGCAGGAGCGAAUGUGAAAAUCUCGCUGGGAAUCAGAAGGGUGGAGAGGAGGCAGGGACCGUGUGGGUGCUGUUACCAAUCCAAAAUUCAGUUUCUUGCCUGGGACCUUGAUGUUCGGAGAGACUUGGGGUGGGCAGGGGGAGGGUUCUAAGUGUAAUUUCUGAGCCAGUGUUCUGUCUGGGGGACGCUGUCCACUGUCCGAGGAAGUGGCCCCAUGUGUUUGUAUUUUAACCACUGCUUCAAAUCUCUAUUUCACUUUUUUAUUUAUCCAAUUACAUCUACAUAUCUGUCGUCUAAAUAAAUGGCUUUCAAACAAAGCAACUGGGUCAUUAAAACCAGCUCAAAGUGGGGGCGGGGGG